AUGCCUUUUUUUUUUGCUCCAGCUCCACUUGGUGGUGGUUUAAUUUUACGCAUAAAAACUGUACGUAGAUUUCGCCACUUCUCUUUGCAUUCAGCAGCUGAAAUCAAAAAAAGAAAUCGGGAACUUGCUAUGCUGUACUUGGCUACUAGUGGAACAUUUGUUGCGCUUUCGUUAUAUUUUGCAAGAGGUGAAAGCACAGUCAGAAAAAUUAUCAAGGAAACUACAGAGAUCAUCUGGAAUGUACUGAAAGAUAUUCAUAUGCCUGUACCAACACAAGAUCAAUUUAAACACAUUGCUGAUCGUUUUGAGCUGCUGUGGAACCUUCCCAAUUGCAUUGGUGCCUUGGAUGGGAAGCACAUCCGAAUUGAAAAAUUUCCACACACAGGUUCUGAAAAUUUCAACUAUAAGCACUUCCACUCUACAGUACUUAUGGCAUGUUGUGACGCAGAUGGCCUUUUCACCGUUAUUGAACCGGGUUUUGCCGGACGUAAUAGUGACGGAGGAAUUUUUAAAGCAUGUGCAAUGAACUACUGGAUAACCCAUGGAGGUUUUAACAUCCUUUCACCCUCCCCAUUACGACAUGAUAAAAGGAACACUCCAUUUCCUUACUACUUUGUCGGAGAUGAAGCGUUUCCACUGUUUGUGAAACACACAAUUUGCAAAUAA